UUCUCUCUCCCAACUCCCGAGUUGUCGACUCACUUCUUCCCACGCCCGCUUUAACAUGAGCUUUGAUCUGCGUUGAAUCAGUGUUUCUCCUCUGUUAUUUCCAGUACUUCGGAUUUCUUGUCCUUUUUAUGCAUGAUUUCAGUCUUAACUCGUUGGAUAUUUCCAGCAUGAGUAAUACAUUAAGGUUUAGGGUUAAGGUCAUGUUUUACUCGGUUUACGAUCGAGGUUAGAUAAUCCCAAGCAAAUCAUCUUCCAUAGUUUUUUUUUUUAGCAUUUUGUUCAUAUAUUUUUAGCAAAAUUUUAAUGGGAAAAGGCAAGAAGAGCAACCUGAUAAUCAAGACAUGGGAGCGGUGCAAAUCGAUGGGGCGCGGUCGCACCAACGGAGGCGUCCCGGGUCUUUAUAAGAGCAAGUCGUGGCCAUCCAUCGACGUCUCUCUCGAAGCUGAAGAGAAACGUCGCACGAGGAAGAGCCGAGUGGCCCCUGAAGGUUGCUUCACGGUGUACGUUGGACCACAGAAACAAAGGUUCGUCAUCAAGACCGAGUACGCGAACCACCCGCUCUUCAAGAUCCUGCUCGAAGAAGCUGAGUCCGAAUACGGGUUCAACAGCGAAGGACCCCUCGUCCUCCCCUGCAACGUUGACUUGUUCUGCAAGGUGUUAUCGGCAAUGGACGACGGCGACAAUACGGUCCGACAAGGAUGCAGGUUUGCUAAACGUUAUGGUUCGUAUCAACUCCUCAGUCCACCUCGAAUGAUGGCGAUCAAUCAGAUCUAAAUAUUGUCUAUCUAU